AUGGGCAAGGGCGGGACAGGCCCCAAGGGCAAGAAGAUCACCCUCAAAGUGGCCAAGAAUUGUAUCAAAAUCACAUUUGAUGGGAAAAAACGCCUUGACUUGAGCAAGAUGGGAAUCACCACCUUCCCCAAAUGUAUUCUGAGACUCAACGAUGUGGAUGAACUUGAUCUAAGCCGGAAUUUGAUCAGGAAAAUCCCUGAUGCAAUAUCCAAGUUCCAGAACCUGCGUUGGCUGGACCUGCACAGCAACUACAUAGACAGGCUUCCUGAGUCCAUUGGCCAGAUGACCUCUCUGCUCUACCUCAAUGUCAGCAACAACAGGCUAACCACCAACGGGCUGCCAGUGGAGCUCAACCAACUCAAGAAUAUCCGCACUGUGAACUUGGGUUUGAACCACCUGGAUAGCGUGCCGACCACACUCGGUGCUCUGAAGGAGCUCCACGAGGUGGGACUUAAUGAUAACCUGCUGAACACCAUCCCAAAUAGCAUCUCCAAGCUCCCCAAGCUGAAAAAGCUCAAUGUAAAGCGAAACCCCUUUCCCAAGGCAGAGGAGUCAACUGAGUUCUUAGAUUCCAUCAAGCGGUUGGAGAACUUAUAUCUGGUGGAGGAGAAGGAUCUGUGUGGACCUUGUCUGAAAAAAUGCCAGCAAUCCCGGGACAGGCUGAACAAAAUCAAGAGCAUGGCCGCAGUGACACCGAGAAAACCCAUCUUUUCCAAUUUGGCUUCACCCAAUUCCAUGGCCAAGGAGUCUCAGGAAGAAUGGAGGUGA